AUGCAAUUCGAACAGUUCGGAAAGCCCAAAGUAAUUACCACAAAGCAACAAUAUGCACUAAUCGUUGAGCUGUUACAGCAAAAACCAGAAAUGGCGCAGGGUUUUACCAAGUGCAAAAAAGAAGAAGUGGCAGCUUUUUGGAACAACAUGGCCCAAGAGCUCAACAUUGUUGGUCCGCCUAUUAAGGAUAUUUUCAGCUGGAAGAAAGUAUGGCUUGACUGGAAGGCUUACAUUAAAAGGAAAUUGGUUGAGAAUAAAAAGAAGCAGUCAGCUACUGGUGGCGGCAGAAAUAGGCAGCACCAUUUCAAUGAAUUGGAAGAAGCGGUGAUAGCACUAACGGCAUUGGAAACCAGUACAAGUGGUAUUGCGAAUACAGUAAGCAUCGGCUUACCUAAUGUAGCAGACGUGGGCGAUGAGACAGAGGCAGACGUUUCGAUGCCAUCAGUGUCCUGCAGACCAGCACUGCCUCGACGUACUACUAGGCCGCCAGAAAAAAGUACAGCAGACUUUUUAAAACAACAACUUGAUGUUCAAAAAGAAUUCCAAUACAAGGUUCUCGACAAAUUGCACGACCUUUCGUUACCUAUGCGACGAGUAGGCAGAGCAUUGGAAAUGCAAAACGAUUUUAAAAAAGCGGAAGUUGAAGAAUUGAAAAAACACAACGUAGCUAUGGAAAAUUUGGAUACUAUACUCGUGUAA